GUUCCAUUGUUCGCCGCGCGUUCACUUUCCUUGUUCUUACGCCUCACACUCUACCAUCUCGUAUCCAUCUCUCACAGUCUCUCUUUUCAUACCUCAUAACCAUAAUGCUAUCAUCAACACUCUCGCUACUAGCCCUCGCGGGCAGCGCGGCCGCUCAGGUUCGCGGCUUCAACUAUGGCGCUCUUUACGCAGACAACCGAGCUCGUCAGCUCGCGGACUGGGAAGCCGAUUUCAGGGCUGCACAGGACCUUCCAGGCGUCGGUGGUUUCAACUCGGCUCGUCUCUUCACCAUGAUUCAGGGAUACUCGCAGACCGACAUCAUUUCCGCUCUUCCAGCUGCUGUCUCUACCAACACAUCAUUGCUCUUGGGCCUGUGGUGCAGUGGCGGCGAUGAAGCUUUCAACAACGAGCUUACCGCAUUGAGAAACGCCAUUGAGCAGUACGGCGAUCAACUGAGGGACUCCAUCAUUGGUAUCUCGAUCGGAUCUGAGGAUCUCUACCGUAUCUCGCCAACUGGUAUCGAGAACGAGAGCGGCCCAGGAGCUCAGCCUGACCAGCUCGUCGGCUACAUCCAGCGCGCUCGUGAUGUGCUCCAAGGCACUGCCUGGGCUGAUGUUCAGAUUGGCCACGUCGAUACCUGGACUGCCUACGUCAACGGCUCCAACAACGCUGUGAUCGAGGCCCUCGACUGGGUCGGUGUUGAUGCCUACCCAUACUUCCAGACUGUCAACGAGAACAGCAUUCAGAACGCCCAGCAACUCUUCUUCGACGCUCUUCAGGCUACUGAGGGUGCCGCUCAAGGCAAGCCUGUCUGGGUCACCGAGACCGGCUGGCCUGUCACUGGACCUCAAUCUGGCCUCGCCAGCUCCGGAACUGAGAACGCUGAGCAAUACUGGAAGGCCGUUGCCUGCCGUCUUCUUGGCAACGUCAACACCUGGUGGUACCAGCUGAACGACGGCGCUGACCAGGAGGUGUCCUUCAAGGUCAUCAACCCAGACCGUGGUGCUCCUCUCUACGACCUGUCCUGCCCAGCCAACAGCGAUGAUGAUGAGGAGUCGACCUCUUCCGUCACUGCAGUCUCUGGGUCUGGAUCCCUGAUCCCAGUCCCUACCGGUACUCCUUCUCCACGCCCAGCUGGUGGCAACAACGCCACAUCGACUGCCACUGGCAGCACUGGCUCGCCAAACGACAACAACCAGAACGCUGGCCCAGUUGCUGGCGGCUCUGGCUCCGGAAGCGGCAACGGCACUGCCCCAACAGGCUCUUCUCCUUCGGCCUCCUCAAGUGGCAACACCGCCUCUUACACCGGUGCUGCCGUCGCCAACGCACCAGCUGCUGGUCUCCUCCUCGUGGGAGCCAUCAUGGCUGCUCUAUAAAUGUUCUAAACGAAGAACGUUGUAUAAUUUUGGGAUGACAAUAAAAUACAGGCAUUUAAUGGGAAUCAGGACAGGACACAAAAAUGCAUAUUCUGAUGAUGGGGGAUAACCUACUUGUAACGGCUGUAGAUUUUAGCGAUCUGGACUAGAAACGUCGAGACUUGUGCACAGCGGAGGAUGAUGCUGCUGUGUACUUUGCUAGAGCGGACUAGUGUGUCGCAUGUACAGGAUAUGAAAGACAAUUCAAAAGAAUUAAAUUUUGAACAUUAUCGC